AUGAGUAGAUCGUGGAUAUGUGACUCGGUAUUUAUAAUCUUAUUAAUCAUUCAAACUGCUCACGGGUCAUCCAUCAAGGCACCGUGUAUUGAGGACAGUAAAUUUUAUAGAAAUCCAAAUACAUUAGCUCACAAUGUAUGGUCACCAAAUGAAUGUGCCAAAUAUUAUUUAUGUUUAGACAAUGAGGUAUUUGAGUUUAAAUGCUCAGAGGGUCUUCUGUUUGAUAUCACCAGGCAGAUAUGCGACUUCAAAGCUAAUGUAGAAAACUGCGACGUAACAUCAGAGCGCCUACCACCUAAGCCAUUAUUAGAAAAAGGUGAUUGUAAAGACGGCACACUAGCUUGUGGAGACGGUACUUGUCUUCCUAGUUCUUAUUUUUGCGAUGGAAGUGUCGACUGUAUUGACGGUUCCGAUGAGGGCUGGUGUGAUGGACGUCCUGAUAAAAAUUCAGCGACAAAUUGCAAUCCUCAAAAAUGUCAUUUACCAGAAUGCUGGUGUUCUCACGACGGAAAACAGAUACCAAAUAAUUUAACUCAUACCGAAGUGCCACAAAUGAUAAUGAUAACAUUUAAUGACGCCGUUAAUUCAGAAAAUUUUGAUUUCUACAAUAAGUUUUUUAAUGACAAACGAAAAAAUCCGAAUGGAUGUCCCAUACGGGGAACAUUCUACGUAAGCCAUCAGUACACUAAUUACAAAGAUGUUCAGUAUCUUUGGAAUAAAGGUCACGAAAUAGCUGCUCAUUCAGUAACACACCGCGGACCAGAAGAGUGGUGGUCACUGAAUGCUACAAUAGAAGACUGGUUUGACGAAAUGGUAGGCGUUGCAAAUAUAAUAAAUAGAUACGGGGGGGUGAGAAUAGAAGAUAUAAAAGGAUUAAGAGCGCCGUUUUUGCGUGUCGGUUGGAAUCGACAAUUUUUGAUGAUGUCAGAGUUCGGGUUUGUUUAUGACGCAUCUAUCGUUGCUCCAUUUUCUGAUCCACCUUUGUGGCCAUACACACUAGAUUACAAAAUACCGCAUCAAUGCGGGAGUACGGGUCAAAUGUGCCCGACAAGAUCGUACCCAGGAUUAUGGGAAUUGCCAUUAAAUCAACUUCUCUCUGGAGAGUACACCUGUAGUAUGGUAGAUGAUUGUCCAAUAAGUUUGUCAGGAGAAGAAAUUUACAACAUGUUAAUGUUAAAUUUUAAAAGACAUUACGUGAGUAAUCGAGCACCGAUUGGUUUACAUUUUAAUCCAAUGUGGUUUCGUAAUCCGACAAGCACUUAUGCUUUCAGUAAAUUUAUAGACGACUUGCUGCAAUUACCGGAUGUCUAUUUCGUAACAGGUAAUCAAGUUAUUGAUUGGAUGAAAAAUCCUACGUCUGUUACAGAUUUGACGGAUUUUGAACCGUGGCUGUGUGAAAAAAAAUUCAAGCCCCAUGAAAUUGCAUGCGAGUUUCCAAGUUCUUGUAAAUUGCCGAGCCGUGUUUUGAAAUCAUACAGAUACUUAAACACGUGUUUCGACUGCCCCAAGCAAUAUCCAUGGUUAAGAAAUGAAUUUGGCGCUGAAUGA